AUGAAAGAUCCAUUUGAGAGGACGAAGGUGGUGCUCCGGCGCCUGCCGCCGGCGAUCUCUCAGUCCGCGUUGAUGGAGCAGAUCGACGGCAAGUUCGCCGGUCGUUACAAAUGGUUUUGCUUUCGCCCAGGGAAGAACAGGUGAGGGCAUAUUUUCCCUUUUAUUCGUCUAUAUGCUCAAUAUUUAGGUUUUCUCUUCGUAGUAAUUUUGUACGUUCAGUCUACGAGGUGAAUAGCACGAUGCCGAUGUUAAGGGGUUAUAAAUUUCUAGGUUUUUUUUUCUUGUCUGUUGUUUCUCUAACCAGGAUAUCCUUCGAGAACAUCUGGGGGAAAAGAACAUUGACCAUUGGGGUCAUAGGUUUCACCGUUAAUCAUAACGUUUACCUCUUCAUUUACGUGAGUAGCACCGUCAGUAUUGUGUUUCUCGUCCAUAUUUGAACAAUUAGGAGCAAUCGUCGUACCUAUGUCAGUAGUAUAUUUUCUACAAAAUGGCUGGGAAAAUGCCAAUUUUUAUACGUGUAUCAUGAGCCUGAUAUUAUUGUGAGAUAAGUGAUUGUAUUAGAAGUGGGCAGCUUGUAUUGAGUGGAACGGGAUGGAAUGAUACAGACAUUGUCGACUGUUGUCCAAAAAUCGAGUAGCAAUUUCUCGAAGUUUCAAGAAUCUCGUAAUAUUCAGAAAUUUUGAAGAAUUACUUUAUUAUAAAAAAAGCUAAAAUUAGAUGUUUUUUUAAGAGUGAUUGUUGAUAAUUUUUUAUGACGUGGAUAAGGCUGUUUCGUCUGAGAGUCUGGAUAUUUGAUUUUUUUGUUUUUUUCGGCUUCUUGGAAUCAUAUCCUAUUGUUUCAAAGAAUUUAAUUUCUGAAGAGAGUCAUUCAGUGAAUUGUUGUACAUUUGGUAUGAAGUGGGUGGAAAUUGAAGCUAUCAUCUCCACUUAUUUCUCUUCAGAUAUUCUACUUAUUUUACGGGAAGGACAAAGAAGUAGAUUUCGUCUUCGAAAGUUAUUCUUUGUUUUCGACAUGUGUAUGGUUCCAUCAUGAGAGUUUGCUUUAUACCAUUUCUGGGAAUGGGAAAAACAAGGAGGUGUUUUCUGUGCCUGUAUUUUUAUUGAGGACUUUUAAAUAUAUCCACAGGGGUGUUUUGAAACGUUGUACCUUAUUAAAUGUCUUCUUAUCAGAGUGUAAGGAGUGAAUUUUUCUUUUGUUGGACAUUAACUUUUUUCACAUUAUCGUGUAGAAUCUUCUCGAUGAUAUGUCAUCAAUCUCUGAUGAUGUUUCCCUCUAAUAAAUGCAAAUAUCUAAUCCGGUACCAACUUGACGUCGCUUGAUGCUUUUGUUCUUAACUAAGAAAAUAUUGAUGAUCAGGACAUCCCUUCCGUGUUCUGUGCGAAACCUUUUAGCUUGCAUAGCUUGCUGUCUCAGGAAAGAAGAUUGGUAUAUUUCCUUAGCCAUCUCUGCUGAAUAUAACACCAGUUAAAAUCCUUGUCUUCACAUCUGGUUUCUCUUUUCAGAAAGUCACUGUCUUAUAUUAUUACAAUCAAGUAAAUUGUGAAUUGCCAAAACAUUCCAAUGUUCUUCAUUCUAAGAUUAGCUUUAUUGAUAUCUGUAUUCAGUCAGAAGAACCAGCGGCUUUCUCGUGCCUACAUUGACUUUGAAAAGCCUGAGGAUGUUGUCGAAUUUGCUGAGUUCUUUGAUGGACACUUAUUUGUCAAUGAGAAGGGUAACCUGAUCUCCCCUGUCAGCUUCGUUUCUUGGCAAAUCAUUUGGUUUGUAUUCAGUUUACUGCUGAAGGAAAACGAAAAUAUCUUCUUCUGUCGUCUCUUAAAGUUAUUAUUCAUUAUUUCAGGUACUCAGUUUAAGGCCCUUGUAGAAUAUGCACCAUCACAACGUGUUCCUAAGUUAUCCAAGAAAGAUGGCCGUGAGGGGACCAUAUUCAAGGGUAUCAUUCUUUAUUUGAUUUUACCUUUUUUCGGCACUUAUCCUAAUUUUUUGGGCCGUGUAGUUUACCUGCUCCGACUCUCAUAGUGCAGCCUUCUUCUGGUUUAAUGACAAGCAGUUAUUUAUUGAAUAACUAGAUCCUGAGUAUGCGGCGUUCCUUGAGCAUCUUUCAAAGCCUGUCGAGAAUCUUCCCAGUGCAGAGAUACAGCUGGAAAGAAGGGAAGCUGAAAGAGCCGGUUAGUAUUUUUUUAUUAACUAUGCGAAUGGCCUGAUACUUGGAAAAAGACUUCAAAAAUUCUGUGCAAUGAAACCCACAAGCCAGCAUCAUUGGCCACCACUCUAGUUUUCACCUGGGACUAUCCAAAAUUCAACAGGGUGCAGAAUUGUACGAACCCUGACUUGCCUCUGAUGCACAAUUGUGUAGCAACGCUAGUCAAAGAUAUUGAACUUGCUAUUGGUAUUGAUUUAUAAAUAUCGGAGGUGUCAAAGAACAGGAAAAUUAAGUUUCACUCGAUUUAGGGAAAUAAAUCCUGUCCUGUGAGGGUUGGGAAUUUAUUUCACUAUAUUUUAGGCUAAUGCUUGGGUGAUAACAAGAUAUUAUUUUCCAUUUAUGAUCUUGUUAGGUGCAGCUAAGGAUAUGCUCAUAGUUACACCGUUGAUGGAAUUUGUUCGACAGAAAAGAGCUUCGAAGAGCUCAUCUCAGGUAUAAAUGUUUUCUUUCUGCACUACUUGCAAAAAUCGUGGGUGUUGCAUUUUCGUAGAACCUUGUUUUUGAAUUGUUUAUGAUGUCAGUUUUCUUCUCACGUGUAUGUAAUCUUGUUCUUGAGUAUGCGCUUUUUUUAGAUAAGAGAAACUUCCAUUCCUUUGUCCAAUGUAGUGCCUGGUUAUAAAUUUAGAUCUGUAUGCAGUGACCUUAUGAACUGAGAACUUAUUAGUUCUCUGCAACAUGGAUAAUUGGGGAGCGUGAUAGGUUUUCUUAGACAUGGCCUGGAAUACACUUGACUAUCUGAGGCUCAGGGCUCUGUUUUGCGGGGAUUUUCGAGACAUGAUUGCUCUUUUGUUUUGAACUUAUAUCAUAGCUAAAGUGUGCUUGAUUAAGUCAUGCGAGCAAGUUUCUUGGCAUAGUCAUGCCUUGGAAUCUUGAACAAUCUGGUCGGACUGUUUUUUUAUGGUUGUCCUUGAAAAUAGAUAUGUUAGUACUUUCUUGGUGUUUUCUAGUUUCUACUCUAUACACAUCGUCUUUCUGUUAAAUAAGGUUUUCCGCAUUUUCAUUUGCAUAAAAAUUAUGCCAUUCUAUGGUGAUGGUUUUUCAAAAAUCAUACACUUGACAUGAUCUUGUCCAUAUGGCAAUUUAGUUUUGGAGGGAAGGGCAGUUUGUGUUGGGAGGGGAUGGAACAACUGGAUAAAGCAAUAUUUCUGGGUAAGCAGAUGUGUAUUUUUCACGAUUUCAGUGGUAAAGGAAGACUAUUUCGUUUCCAUGUGUGUAAAAGAGUUGGCACAAAUGAUCAUGAGUAAGAAUGCAAAGUUUUACAGGUUUAGUCAAAAAGGAAUUCACGCCUUGAGAAAAUACAAUGUCAUCCUUUGUGACUUAAGAAGAUCAACAACUUUGAGGCAAUAAUCUCUGGGCUUUCUGGCUAAACCAUGCAUUCAGAAAAUUCCAUAGUUUAUCCCAUUAACUAGUUCUUAGGUUCUGAUAGACCCAUUAAUGUCCUCCUUUAUCUCUUUUUGUUGAUCUGUUGAUCUGAUUGUGUUAUACCAAAAUGUCUCUCCUCCUAUGAAUAUUGUUGAGACUGGUGAAUUGAUUCUUCAUCGUGAAUAAUAGUUUUUGACGAAAAGCAUUAUGACUGAAGCUUCUCCAAGUGACAACAAGUUGGCUGUUAUCUAUGCGUGCCCUGUAUUGUGCACUAUCGAGUUUGUAGCUUCUCGUUCGCAUGUUCUAACCGUUGUCUUGAUACAUAUCAGAAGUCAUCGGCUAAUGGAAAGGCUAGUCGAAGAUCUGGAGGAACAAGCAGCGCUAGUCCAUUGUCAUCUAAGCGAGCCUCUGAGAAGAAAAAGCACUCUACUCCUGUUGUAAGUAGCUUAGUUUUUACACUGAUUUCAGUGAUUCAUAAAUAACUAGGAUUUAGGUUCUAUAGUUUAAGUUGUCGCUGGUUUUUACCACGUAGUUGGAUUCUUACUAUUUUAUUCUUCUCUUUGAUUCUAAUUAGGAUUAUGUAUUUUUUGCCUAUGUACUUUAAAUGCUUAUUGAUUUUAUAUCUUAGUUGGAAUCUUAUUAGUUUAGUUUUCUCUUUGAUUCUAGCUCAUCGUCAGUAAAUAUCCUUAUUAAAGUUUGUUUUAGGAUAUGCUAAAGAAUAAAAUCUGUUAUAGUGUCAUUGUGCCACGCUUUAGGAAGCUCUGACCCUUGUCCAGGUCGGAAAGACCCUACUGAAAGGUCUUGGUCCCACGUAAAGGUGGACUAGGCUCAGAGUGUCAGAAGGCUAACCCAAGUCAGCUGGAUGACACCCUAAUUUUCAGUUCAUGUGUCCUAUCCUUUUGUUUUAACUACCUUUACUUUCAGUAUCAUCUGCUUUUGUCUUUGUUUGUGGUUUGAUGUAUUCACUUCUUGGUCUUGGUUAUCGAUGAAGGGAUGGGCCGGUUAGUGUAAAUGGUAUGCAUACAAAUAAACAUAGACACAAAAAAAUUAACUUCUGAUCAUGUGAAUCUUCUAGACGGUCGGGUGCUAGGGAUUCUACCAUGAUUUUGGGUACGUAAGUCUGUGGUUUUAAAAUAUGGUCUCAGGUUGGUAUGUUACUCACAAUUCUGGUGCUCAUUGGUUCUCUGCAUAUUCGUGACCCCGAAUUUUUUUUGAAACGAAACUUGACAUUCAGGUUGAUUUGGAAUAUAUGUUAUAAGAUAUUAACGUUGACCAUAUCUGACAUCAGCCAGAGGCACAACUGCCUCAAGUAAAUCUUUAUUCAGCUUUAAGUAUGUUUGCAAAUUAGGUAGGGUGGUCUACCAAUGUGUUUGAGUAAACAUGGUGGUUUAUGGUUAUCAGUGGUUUAAGGUUGCUAUGAUUGGUUAAUAUGAGUGAAUUUUUGCCGGUCAGAAGAAGUCCAGGUUCCUUAUGCUUGUUAAAUGACUCAUGAGUUUGAUUCCUUCUUUAAAGUAGACGAGAAUUGUCACAUUAUUAAGUGGUCAUUCUGGCGAAAGUGGAAUGAGUCAAAUCAGAAAACUUUAAUCAAAAAGUAUCCAGCUGUUAAAAAUAUUCUAAACCAAAAGUUACCACCUGAAAAAUCAACAUAUUUAAUAUUGUGAAACAUUAUUCAUCUGUGUUCCAAAUUAUUCAUAUCAAGCCCCGUUUUAUAUAAGAUACUUUUAGGUGUGGAUUUUUAUUUGAGCUAUACUUGGACUGCUUUUGUUGUGGUGUGGAGAUCCGAUAUAUUUUUUUUUGCAUUGUCCCUUUCCUUCAUACCUGUAUACAGAAAAUUUCUAAAUUUCAGUCAUGAUUUAGUGGUUUAAGAUUUUUUUUUGGUUAUCAAUCAGUCAUGACAAAAAUGAAUUGUGUAAGAUAGCAUGGUUGUAGUUGUUGGCGGGUUAUGAUUGGUUGGUGCUGCUUAUAAGUUGCGGGUGUGAAUAGUGUCCUGAGCCUUUUCCCCUGCUGCAUAUCUUCUUUGGGUUUUGAUUAGGUGCGUGAGAUAUCCAAACUGUCUUUGUUGAAUAAGUGACUAUGUAAACGGAUGAAGUCUAGCUCAUUGUUGAUUAUAGCACCACUGUAGGAGUCAAAUGGCCAACCAGUAGCCAGAAGCAUUUGCAAUGCUUGGAAGAUGUGAAACUUCUAGGAGACUCGGCGGCAGGUUUGCUACCAUGGUGCAAAUGGUUGUAUAAUGGCAGAAAUAUUUGUCAUAAUGUCUUUUCUUAUGCUGUAUAGAGUACAAGAUGAGGAAAUGUGCUCAAGUAAUCUGACAACAAACUGCAUACUACAUACCUGGAUGUAUUUUAUUUUUUUACAUCAGUGAUCUUUGGAAACAAUAGCUUAUGUUUAUUGUCCCGCGCUUUAUUUACGACUUUGAAUCUACUGACGUGUGUUUUUGUCCAAUACAAGGUCUUUUUGUCCGGUUUAAAUUCUCUGAAUACUGAUGUAUUGAACUCUAGUUUUAGAUUGGCCCUAUUGUAUAACUUGGAAGGGUGUUCGUUUCAACCUAUUAAUAUCUUUUUAAAAGAGAGUGAGUAAGCGCUCCAACAUCCUCUAUUACAGCCUCCUCUGUGUUUUCUAUCCUUUUUGUGUGAAUUCUCAGAUGUGUACAGAUACUUUUUAAAAUUUUGGUUUAUUGCUUAUCAUAAUUAUCUCGGAGAUACUUACCGUUCUAGUUUUGCUUUGCAGUAUGUACUGCGAGACAGCACAAAGGGUGGAAAGGACAGGUCAAGAACGAUUUUAGUGCCAAGGAGGGAUGAAGCUACGAGUAGAGAAGCGUUAGAUGAGGAAACAGGUAAUGCGAAUUGUAAUCUGCAAUUUCAGUAUUAAUUACUCGAUUCAUUUCCUUUGUUAGGAGGUUACACGUCUUUCAUGCUGUUCUUAUGCUGGCCGCACGAAUUUGUCCGUUAUAUGUAGAAGAUUGCUAAUUUUUUUGACAGGAUCUACAAGCAUUUAAACUUUGAAAUCCCGAAAUCCACCAGCUUACAUAUAAAGUCAUCUAAGCUUUUAAGUGAGAAAUGGGUGACAUGAUAUGUGAAUGUUAUCUUAAUCAGAAAUAUAAUUGAGCUAUGCUUAUAACAGAUCCUCUAUGGAUCUAUAUUAUCCAGCAUAGCCACGCCAAAGGCUACAUAGAUGGCCCAAGUUGGCAUACAUGCCUAUGAUAUUAUGAGCCAUGUUAGAUGCUUAUUAAGCGUUUGGUGCUCCUCUGUUGGAAUGUAUGCUUGACGUAAGUGUGCCUACUUAAUUCUGAAAAAUGGUCAAAGUUUGCCUACAUCAGGGAGAAUGAUCAAUUCUGAAAUCGUGGAAGGGGAGAUAAGGGAAGGGGGAUUAUAGCGAUGGAUGCUUGUUAGGUACCUGCAGAAGAGAGAUUGACCAUAGAGUUGUUGACCAAGUACAACAAUCUGACGAAGCACAGUUAAUUGUGUAUUACGUAUUCCACUGAAGGUCCUUAGAAGGCUGGCUUUGUGGAGAAAGUAGACCAUCUAAUUUGUCAGAUGAGGAUCUAAUUUGUCAGUAGGGAAACUAAAUGAUAAAGUUUAGAUUUUAGAGGUGGAUUGUGUCCCAUUCUGUACGCUUCAGGGGAUAGCGUAAGUGAAUAUAUUGGCUCAGAAUGGUUCGUUUAUGUUUCCUAAAAAGAUGGGAGAAUGUUGGGGGGAUGGUCUUGUGAGCAUCGAUUAUAACAAGCUAAGCUCACCUUACCUAGUAUUCCAUAGCAUUUGGUCACUGCUUAAUUUUUAUUUUUUUUUUCCAUAGUCAUCUGUCCUCGUUUUGAUGCAAUUAUUCUUUCCAUUGAUCGAUAUGUAGGUACAUAUUUGUUGAGAUUGGAAAAUUUUCAUUUCCCCUCAUCGCUUUGCACCUUGUUACGAAUUAUAUUUAUAACAUCGAAUUCUUUACCUCCAGGGACCGGCUUGAGUGUAAUAGCGACUGGUGCUACUGUAACUGUCGAGUCUGGAAAGAAGAAACUCUUACUUCUGAAAGGGAAAGAGAGAGAUGCUUCUAAUGUAAGAGAUCUGCUAUCUGCCACUCGUGCUUGCUGACUGUUCCCCGCCUUUCAAAUCGUUUUUGGGAACUGUCCUCGUUAUAUUUCUAAUUACAAUUUCUUCACACAGGCGUCCCCUGGUGGACCACAACAACAAGCUGUAACAUCUCCAGCACGGUCUUCUUCAGCGUCAACUACUUUUAGGCACAACCAACGUCAUGGAGGCAGUGGUAAGAUCGUCAAGAGCAUAGUUUCUAAGGAAGCAAGACAAGUCCAAUCACCGUCUGCCGUCAAUAACUCCGACCAACAUUCACAAUUGCCAAAUUUGGAGAAGGACAAGCGCCCGCCUCGGCCUCCAAACUCACGUAUGAUUUCAAAAGAUCAUAUUGCCAGUAAUUUGUCACAUUCUGGUGCCCCUGAUAAUGAUACCAAAAGAUCCUCAGACGACAAACUUGUGGCAAAUGAUUUGCAUGGCUUUGUCACAACUAGUGAAAAGCAAGAUAGGCGAACUAGAAAGAAAGAUAGACUAGACCGUGUUUGGACUCCACUUCGUCGAGCACAAGGAUUGCAUGCUAGUGAUGAUUCUCUUUCUUCAUCAUCUUCUCUUACUGCAAAUGCUUUAUCUGAGUCUUUGGAUGGGAUGCCCAUUUCUUCACAAGUGGCUGCGGUUAGCAAAUCUUUUGAUGAUGAUUCAGGUAACCAGAGUUCUCAUAUAGGAGUUGGAACUGGUUCCUCAAACAUGCAUGAGUUAUCAUCGAGCCAUAUGGAGAUGAAAAGUGAGAUACCAGUUGCCAGCAGAAGUGGGGAAGGCAGAGGCCUUGGUAGCGGGCGUGGCAGACAUUCUGUGACCGAGAAUAGUAAGCUCUUGCCAGAUUUCUGAAGUCUAAGAAAAGCCGUGUUAUGCCCAUCUCUUAUUUUCUUUCCUUUCUCUUACCUUUCAAUGUGAUCAGGUUCACAGAAACAUAUUGGACGCCGCGGGCAAUCUCAUGGAUUGAGGGAAACUGAUGGGUCUCUAGGUUACCCUGAGCCAAAGACUUCUAAGCGUGGUCCCGUCGGCUAUGGUUCGCAUGAGGUGUGCUACGUAGUCGAAUUUUAUAAACCCCCCCCCCCCCCUCCCCUCCCCCCGGAGAAAUCAUUGACAUCGCAACAAAUGAUUUCUGACUUCGGUUAUGUUGCUGUAUCUGCAGAAGCAAGUAUGGGUACAGAAGUCGGGUUCUGGUUCGUAACUUUUGUGAGGUACGUCCCUUCGUCUUCGUAUCUUUUUCUAUUUAAAGAACAAAACAUGUGGGUAUUUUACCUUUCAUUAUUGUAUAUUUGCUUAGUCUGUGCUUCUGCAUCAUAUAUUCAGCACUUUCCUAACGUUUACAACUUGAUGCGACUUAUCAUUUACUCUGGCAGACUGAUUUUAUUGUGGGGACUAUUACCUUAUCAGGUCAUUCUUUGGUUUAGUCAAGCAUAUGAAAUGUGCUUGGAUAUGGCCCUGGUUUUAAUAGGUUAAGAUGCCAGUUUCAAGUAGGGAUAUGUGAGAUUACCGCAAGUGAUUAUUAUUUGAAAUAGAAAUGUUUUCCUUUUAUUAUAAAGAGAGAGAAAAAAAAAAUCUGUCUUCUGACUUAUCUCUCUCUUGGACAACCCUUGUUUGGGCAGUCCCUGAUAUGUUUGAUCAUGUUGGUGUUCGUGAAUCUUCCGACUGUUUCUUUUCUGUUUGUUGACUCUCACUGAAUCGAUCCCCAGAUUUACCAUCUUUGGAGGUGGUAAAUCUCUGGUAGUCGCUAAGAAAAGAAACAGCCAAGAAAUUGUGAUUAAUUUACCAGUUUUUAGCAUGGUCAAUUCCUUGGCUAGAAAUCUUUGUGGGGUACAUAGAAACAUUCAUCCCUUGGGCGAGAGAGAGAGAGAGAGAGAGAGAGAGAGAGAGGCAUGCAUGCAUAUUCAGAAGCUAUCAAAGAACACGGCACCCUGUGUUCGGUGAUUCCAGGAUGGUCUACAUUGUAUGAGAUUUCUCACAGGCGUGCUCCUGUUUGACUGCAGGCUAGCCGUCAAUUUCAUCUGGGCAUCGGGCAUUAACAUGCUCGUCACCAUGGAUUCUUUCCCGUCAAAGUAAUCAUGGAGCUGUGCAGUGGGGGGUAUGAUUCCCCCCGGGCAAGCUUGGAAGAAGGGGAGGGGUGCGGCGCCUCAGAUCACGGUACAUUACAUUACAUUCCGAGUAGCAAGGUAGUGAGACGCACAGGUUAG